GUACAUUUGCUUCCUUUACCUACUUUGAUGUCUUUUGGAGCUGGACUUUUACUUCUUUAUUUUUGGUCCCUGAGUGUGGUUCCUAGGAUGCCCCCCCCCCGCAAAAUCCGUGCUGGAGAUUCGCUGAGAGCCAUGGCUAUUUUUGUUAGAAGCUGAUACUUUAGCCUGAGCUGCAAGCAUUGCCUUGGGAGAGGGGUUAGUUUCUUGGGAGGUAGGGAGGGCAGGGCUUUACAGAGAAGAUAGCUCAAAAGAAGAAGAAAAGGAGAAAAAGAGACCCCCCUCCCAAGAAAGUAAGAACUACAGAGGACCUCCCACAUUUUAAUUUGGAAUCUCCGUCAAGAGUCAGUGCUGAGCCUGACAUCUUCUCUCAGCUGCCAACAGAACUUGACCUUUUCACCAUAGUCAUCACCAUUAUGACUGAGAUUACCGCAGAAGGGCCUGUGUCCACCACUACAGUGAUAGACAGCAAGAAUGGAACAGUCCCCAUGCCACACAUGAAAAUGUCCAAGAGGUCCAUGUCAGAAGAUCUUGUGACAACAUUCAAUUCACCAGCAGCAUGGCUGCUUGUUGUUGCACUAAUUGUUACCUGGUCGGCUGUGGCUAUUGUCAUGUUUGACUUGGUGGAUUAUAAAACAUUGGCAGGACGUUCUGUGAAUAAACUAACUACUGACCCACUGAGAAUCAUACAUGGUGCCGUGGAAGAGACCACUGAUUGGGUUUAUGGCUAUCUUUCAUUGCUAUCGGACCUCAUAUUUGAAGAUGAGGAAGAAAGUGAAAGAGGUGAAGUGGAACCUUCCUUGAAAAUAAAAGAAGAAAUACAACCACCAGUCAAAAAGAAAGAGAUUCAGAUAGACAAGACUGAAAAACCAGAGACAAUUGAAAAAAAGCCUCCACCGAAAGUAAUUCACAAAGAAAAACUCGAGAAACCUGAAAAACAGGAGAGACCUGAGAAACCUGAAAAAUGGGAGAAACCCGAGAAACCUGAAAAAUGGGAGAGACCUGAAAAAUGGGAGAAACCCGAGAAACCUGAAAAACGGGAGAGACCUGAAAAACCUGAAAAACAAGAGAAACCCGAGAAACCUGAAAAAUGGGAGAAACCCGAGAAACCUGAAAAACGGGAGAGACCUGAGAAACCUGAAAAAUGGGAGAAACCACAGAAACCUGAAAAAUGGGAGAAACCUGAGAAACCUGAAAAAUGGGAGAAACCCAAGAAACCUGAAAAAUGGGAAAAACCUGAGAAACCAGAAAAACAAGAGAAACCUGAAAAACCUGAAAAACGGGAGAAACCGAAGAAACCUGAAAAAUGGGAAAAACCUGAGAAACAUGAAAAACAAGAGAAACCUGAGAAACUUGAAAAAUUGGAAAAACUCAAGAAACUAGAAAAACCUGGAAAAAAAGAAGUAUCUAAAGUGCACAAAGAAAAGCUGGAAAAACAUGAAAAACCUGAAAAGAGAGAAAAGCCUGGAAAGAAAGGGAAACCUGAACAACCUGAGAAACUGGAAAAAAAAGAAAAAGCCAUAGUACCUCCCAAGGAGAAGCCUGCAAAACAAGAAGAGCUGAAAAAGAAACCACCUCCUUCACUGAAAGUAACAGAAAAAGUAAAACAUGAACGACAAGAAAAAAUGGAAAAGAAACUUCCUCCACAAGACAAGAAGAGCAUCAAAGUUGAAGAGAAGGCUAAAAAAGAUGUGAAAGAAGAAAGGCCAGAACCCAAGGCAUCUGGAAGAGUGAAACAUAUGGAAGCUAAAAUAGAGAAGAUGACAGCACCACCAAAAGCCAAAGCAAGGGAGGAGACAGCAAUGACGCUUACAGAAAAGUCAGAAAAGAAAGAUCAAUAUGCAUUCUGUCGCUAUAUGAUUGACAUGUUUGCACACGGGGAUUUUUAUACAGGACCAACUCCUCACCUAUUCUUAUCACAGACUCCAGGAAUGACACCGGCCGUUCCAGCUGCUGAAGUGGGAAAGCCUAAUGUGACAACAACAAAAGCAAUAAAAGAAGAAAAGGGAAAAAAGGUAAUUCAAGAAAAGAAAGCUAUUCCAGAAGUUAAAAAGAAAGAAGUGGAAAAGGAAAAGAAGGUAACCCAUGAGAAGAAAAUUAUUCCUGACAUUAAAAAGAAAGAAGCCGAAGAAGAAAAGAAGGUAAUCCAUGAGAAGAAAAUUACUCCUGAAAUUAAAAAGAAAGGUGAAGAAGAAAAGGUAACCCACGAGAAGAAAAUUAUUCCUGAAACUAAAAAGAAAGAAGUGGAAGAAGAAAAGAAGUUAAUCUAUGAGAAGAAAAUUAUUCCUGAAAUUACAAAGAAAGUGGAAGAGAAGAAGGCUGUCCACGAGAAGAAAAUUAUUCCUGAAAUUAAAAAAAAAGAAUCAGAAGAGGAAAAGAAGGUAACUCAUGAGAAGAAAAUAUUUCCUGACAUUAAGAAGAAAGAAGCAGAAGAGGAAAGAAAGGUAACUCAUGACAAGAAAACUAUUCCUGACAUUAAAAAGAAAGAGGAAAAGAAGGUAACCCAUGAGAAGAAAGUUGUUCCAGAAAUUAAAAAGAAAGUGGAAGAAGAAAAGAAGGUAACCCAUGAGAAGAAAAUUGUUCCUGAGAUUAAAAAGAAAGAGGAAAAGAGGGCAAUCCAUGAGAAGAAAGUCAUUCCUGAAAUUAAAAAGAAAGUGGAAGAGGGAAAAAAUAUUACCCUUGAAAAGAAAAUUAUUCCUGAAAUUAAAAAAACAGAAAAAAAAGAGGAAAAAAAGAAAACUCCUGAGAAGACAGCUGUCCCCGAAGUUAAAAAAGCAGAACCAGAAAGAAUAACGCCUUCUCCUCCAGCUGGAAAGAAAGAAGUUGCCAAGACACCUGUGGCAGCUAAGCCUGUAGCAGUAGUUUCCAAGACACCAGUGGCAGUGAAGCCAGUAGCAGCUAAGCUUGCAGCAGUGAAACUACCAACGAAGGAAGUACCUGUAAAAGCAGCUGUAGCCAUAGAAACUCAUAAGUCAAAAGUUGAAAUUCAUAAAUCAAAAGAAGCUAAACGAGCCAAACACGAACCUACUACACAUCUAACUAAAAAAGCUGUACAUGAAAAGAAAGAAGAUAGACCACUGAAGGCAGUGAAGCAAGAAAAACCAAAGCCUAAAGAAGCAAAACUUGAGAAAGAAAAAGCAGUGACACCCUCCGGUACCCAAAAGCAUAAGGAUAAAGAACAUGCUAAGGAACAUGCUAAAGUAAAAGAGGCACAGCAUCGUGGGAUAUCAAAAGACAAAGAGGCUGUGGAAGAAAAACAGUCAAAGACCCCAGAAGCCCCCAAACAGAAGGAACCCAUUAAAAGAAAAGAAGUGAAACCUUCUGCUCCUUCAAAGCUCAAUGGGACCACUAAGGGAACAGACCUGAAGUCACCAGUAGCCAGUAAGAGAGAUGCUAUAAAAGAAAAAGUGAAGCUUCCAGUUGUUGGCAAAGAAAAGGCGGAAGUAAAACUAAAGGAAGCAAAACCUCCGGUUGCCCAGAAACAAAAAGAGGGAAAAGUCAAAGAGAACAAAACAGCUACCAUUGUAAAAGCAGCCAAGCCUAAGCCAGAAAAACAAGAAGAUAUUAAACGUGAAAAAGAAGUUUCUCAAGGAAAGCCAGCCAAAUCAAAGGAUGUUACAAAGCCAUCAGCUGAAAUCACAGUAACAGACAAGAAAAAAGCAGAAAAGCCUGUGAAGGAAAAAGAAGGAAAAACACUUCAGAAGACACAUUUGAAAGAGGAAAAGGCCAAAGUUACAGCAGUAAAAAAACACCAUCAACAUCACAAUGUAACAACAGACAAGAUUUCAAAAACUGCAAAGUCAACAGCUUCUGUCCGCUACUAUCAGUGUGUAUUUCUAAAUGGAUACAAUGGUUAUACAUCACAAUAUCCUGUUACUCCAGCUCAAGACACCAAAGAGAAAGGCAGACAAUCAAAGACCAGAACACUGAAACAAUAGAGGCACACUACCUGUAAUGUUUCGACAGUUUUGCACUUUAUGUCUUCUGUUGAGGGCCAUAUGAAAUCCAUUGUCACAUGUGAUCAUGGAAAUGUGAUCCAGCGGGUCACGUGGACUUGGAGAUGUUUACUUCUCUUCAUCAGAGCAGAAGCAGUAAAAGAGGGGCAGAUGUACCAGUGUUUCAGGGAGUAUCCAAGUACCCCUUUCCUGGAGGAAAGGCUGUGGUGCUGAAAUAGUACUUGACAGAAAGUAACAUUUAUAUGCAUGUGCUUGCAUUUAUGUGUGGUUCUUUCUUGUUACAAUGUUUCUGGUUUGUCUUUUCAAACCUUGUGGGAACAAAAGAAUUUUCCAUGUAAUUGUCUUUGGGACAAAUGACCCACUUGAAACAAGAAUCAGAAAGAAUCAUUUGUGCCAUUGUUUGCAACCUGUUAGUAUUCAGUUAAAUCAUAGAUUAAUACCAGGGUACUUCACUGAGUCAUGCACCUGUUUUAGGAAUGUUUUUUUUUUGUCAUUAAAUAAUUCAGUAAAGAAUUCAAUAUCUAAAUAGCAACAUCUAGAAGGCAAAAUUAAAGCUCUUCAUUUUUAGUUUCCAAAAACAAAACGGGUAAAGAAACUGUAACAAUAAAACCCAUAUUAUUGAUCUUAGCAAAGAUGUGUAAUAUUGUUUUUUAGCUGUCUGUAAAAAUAAAUGUUGUACUGUGUCCUUGCAAAGUUUGUGCUUAAUAUUGUAUUUCUGCAUUUAAUCUGUGAUGUAUUCUUGUAUUUACUAUGUCAAACCUCAUGAAUUAUCUUAGGAUAAUUCUUUAAAUAAGCCAUUUUUCAUGAGAUGGUAUUUAUUUUGACAAGGUGGCACAAGGUUUCAGAUACUCUAGGGGCUCUAGCAGUUCACAACAGAGUAUGGACCUCUUUUUGAGAUCAAGCUAUUCAAUUUUUUGACAUUUGUCUUGUGAGGAAGGGGUGAAGUCCACUGUAUGUUGGGCUGGUGCCUAAAUCACAAAGAAACAGUCUUGAUGAAAGAUAGAACUACGUGAAUAGAUUAUGCUAGUGAGAAGAAUAACUCUUUGGGAAUAAGAGUGACUCUUUGGGAAUAUAGCUAUGAAUUUAUCCACAGAUAAGCAAAUAACUAUGUGUGCGCCAAUAGGCGACUUUCACAAAAAUAGAUUUUUUUUUAAAUGAACAACUACAGCAACAUCUCAGUGCUGUUGUGAAAUGGACUGUAUGUCUAAGCACAAGCUGAGUGCAUUGAGAGGUGACUGACCUCUACGUCUGCUAUCGUAUUUUUCAUUCUUGAUGAAAGAAUUCAGAAUUUUUAUACCUAAUACCUCAAGAGAAAUAUGAAGACUUUUAAACUGUGCCUGAUUAUGAGGUGAGAUUGCAGAGAUGGCAUUACUUAAAUUUGCCACCAACCCACCCAGAUCAGGAAUGAAUUUUGAGAAUGAUAGGGGCAGAGGUUUCAGAGUCAGCUAUAGGAACUGGCCGGUUGUAGAUGAAUGGCAUCUACCACAGAAACCUUAUGAUUCUGUCAUUUUUUCCUAGUACUUUGAUUGUCUAUUGAUUGUCAUGCUUGAUAAAAUAUAGUUGAAUCUGCUUUCCAGUGACCUGCCCAUUUCAACUAUAGCUUCCUUUGCAUCUUAUUUGAAUACUGCUUAUUAUUGAGUGGCUUUGUUUAUUUUUGAGCUUUCUAAAAUAUAGGUUUAGUGAAGCAUGCCCUUUCCCGGUGCUAUUGAACUUGAAGCAAGUACAAUGACUUAUCUUGCUUUCCACUUUUUUUUCCUGAUAGUAGGAUGACUCAGAGGAAACAAACAGCUGAUUCUAGUCACAGUGUAAAUCAAAUGUUGGCCACUAAUCUGAGAACUUAUUUUUUUAGUUUUGUAGAUGAGGGGAGUGUUGCAUCCUUUCACAAAUCUGGUUAUUCUGAAACCUUGAUAAGCCAUUACUUGAAGUGCAUGCUUUAAAUAACCCUGACUCUUAAGGAUGGAUAUAUUAACUGCUACUUGUUUUGCAAAGUAAAUUGUGCUAAAUAUCUGAUAGGGAUGCAGUAAAUUUUAUAUCUGUUUUAGAAUUUGAAAAAGAAGUUUAUUUGUAUAGGUAAUUUUGUUUUAUCUGUGUUUCUGAGAAAAUGUCUUCUCCUGCACAAUACUGAAACAGAGAGGAAUGGUAUUUUAACUAUUGCUUAGAAUUAAUUACAGACUUUCUGUAUGGGCCAUAAGAUUCUAGGCCAAAUCCAUUUUUUCAUGUUUUUAAUCCUGGAUAAUGCUUUCAUGUGAAGAGAAAGACUGCAAGCAAAAUUCUAAGGACUAUAUUUACCAGUCCACAUGAUGAUAACUUGUUGAUAUACAAUCUUCAUCGCAAAAAAUAUUGGUCCCAGAUGUUUUAAAGACCAGUUCUUCUAAUGGAAGUAUAAAGUCCUAUCAAUACAAUGAGACUGGAAGAACAAAGCUUUGCUCUAUAUCUAAAAAGAAGAAUAAGAAAGAAUCAGCAUUAAAUAAGCAAUCUAUAUCGCUCAGGCCACUCUCUUGAAUCCAGAGAAGUCAAGAACUGCUGUUGAUGGCAAUGGUUGUAAAAUUUUAGACUGAAAUAUAUGUCAUUUUCCUCUAACUACAAA